CAGUCAUAUUGUUAUAAGUAAUAAAUAAAUGUUCGUCCAGGUAAGACAUUCAUUUCUCUUCCUUAUUUGGUUUAGUCAUCUACGGUCGUUUCAUUUGAUAAACGUUAGUGACAAAAAUUAAAUAUCAUAAAAUUAUAUGUUAAUAAAUUGUGAUCAUUAUAAUCUGAAGGUCUAUAGGAACGUAAAUUACUGACGGGGAUUGGCUGAACGAUAUUGAUACGCUGAUUAGCAAGAAACGUCGUCUCUUGACACAACUUUAGCCGUGUUUUUAUACCCACUUAAUGACAGAUACUGAAGGAGAAAAUGUUGGAAAUUUGCGUGGACACAAUUGAGUCGGCAAAGAAUGCGAUUAUAGGUGGUGCCGGAAGAUUGGAGAUAUGUUCGGCUUUAUCGGAAGGUGGUUUAACACCAACAAUUGGUUUGGUGAAAACAAUUCGUAAUUUAACGAAUAUAAAAAUCUUCGUUAUGUUACGCAUUAGAAGCGGAAAUUAUAUUUAUUCACGUGAUGAGAUGAAUGCCAUGUUGAACGAUUUGCAAAUGUUUAAGGAUUCACGAAUAGUAAAUGGUUUUGUUUUCGGUGCUUUGACGAAUGAUCGUGAAAUCGAUAUACUUUAUUGCAAGGAAAUAAUAAAGACAGCUGGUGAAUUACCCGUAACGUUCCAUCGUGCUUUCGACGAAUUACGUGAUCCUUUGGAAGGAAUUAAAAUAUUAUCCAAAAUCGGUUUCGCAAGGAUAUUGUCAUCAGGACAAAAGGACACAGCCGAGAAAGGUAUUAAUGUAUUGCAAAUGAUGUGUAAGGAAGCUGACGGAAAAAUAAUAAUAAUGCCAGGUUCCGGGAUUACUCCUGACAAUAUAUAUAAUAUUAAAUCAAAAACAAAUGCUACGGAAUUUCAUUCUUCGGCUAGGAAAAAGAAAAAACUUUUUGUGAAUGAAAUUAAUCAGAUAAAAGUCGGUACAGUAGCCGAGGAAGUAUUUGUCAUGGUUACCGAUAUUCAUUCUGUCAGAAAAAUGAAUCAAAUAAUUAGUAGUAUUAAUUUGUAAUGCAUUGACUGCAUUUAAUUAUUGACUCUUUGAACUUAAAUAAUUUCUAUUUUCUUUUUUGUUUUCUCUCCCCCUAUCCCUCCCACCCUCUCUCUCUCUCUCUCUCUCUCUCACUCUUGAAGAAAAACAAAGACAAAUAAUUGCUUUAACCUUGUAGCAGAGUCAAUUUUAAGUAUUUAUUAUUAUCAUCCAAAGAGUGACGUUACGAAUUAAAAGGAUUUAAUAGAACUAAUUGACAUUAGAUGUGAUUAUCACUUUUAUUUACGUUUUAUUUGAAAGUGGAUUAUUUUUGAGAAGGUUUUUUUAUUUUUUAUUUU